CUCAAAAGUACAGGGUAGUUCAAGUGAACAUUGCACAUCAACAAGUAUCCCUCAGUUUCUCCUUCAAUUCCCACAUUCACAAGAUUCAGACUACUAUACCAUGCAUACUAUCUCCAAGAUGGAAGUAAAUGCAACAUGGUUUGGUGUUGGCAUAGUAGUAAUACUAAUAGUAAUAGUUGUGUGGUAUGGGUGGAGAUUUGUGAAUUGGGUUUGGUUGAGACCAAAAAAGAUGGAGAAGUAUCUAAGAGAGCAAGGGCUGAAGGGAAGCACCUAUAAGUUCUUAUUCGGAGACAUGAAAGAGAUGGUGAAGAUGACAACAGAGGCCAACAAAUCUGGACCCAUGAUCAAUCUUACAAACAAUAUAGUUACUCGAAUCCAUCCUUUCGUCCAUAAAACCGUCACUACUUAUGGCAAGAACUGUGCAUUCACAUGGUUGGGGCCGAAACCUUUUGUGCAUAUAACUGAACCAGCUAUGAUAAAGGAGAUACUGACUAAUUACAAUCAGUUUCCGAAGCAAAUGGGAGGACCAUUUUUGAAAUUGAUAUUUAAAGGUUUAGUAGCCGCUGAAGGUGAUCGAUGGAUGAAGCAUAGAAAAAUAAUCAAUCCAGCCUUUCAUGUCGAGAAACUCAAGCAUAUGGUACCUGCAUUUUGUAUGAGUUGUGCUGAGAUGAUCAGAAAAUGGAAAGAUAUGUUAAAGGAAGAAGGCUCGUGUGAAGUGGAUGUGUGGCCUUAUCUCCAAACAUUGACUCGUGAUAUAAUUUCGCGUACAGCAUUUGGUAGUAGCUUUGAGGAAGGGAAAAAAAUAUUUGAACUGCAACAAGAACUAGCACACUUGGCUCUAGAGGCUUUACAAUCAUUCUAUAUUCCAGGAUCAAACUUAUUGCCAACAAAAAGGAAUAAUAGGAUAAAGGAAAUAAACAUAGAAAUGAAGGCUUCAAUGAUGAGUAUGAUUGAUAAACGAAUGAUCGCAAUGAAGACGGGGGAAAGUAGUAAAGAUGAUCUGUUGGGCAUACUUUUGGAUUCGAGUUACGAAGAAAUUAAACAGCAUGAAAAUAGUAAUUUUAGAUUAAGCAUCGAGGAUGUCAUUGAAGAGUGUAAGCAUUUCUACCUUGCCGGACAAGAGACGACCAAAGAUUUGCUUGUUUGGACUAUGGUCUUGUUGGGUCAACACCCAGAUUGGCAAGCACGUGCUAGAGACGAAGUAUCACUUGUCUUUGGGAAGGAAAAACCAGAUAUCAGUGGAUUGAAUCGUCUUAAAAUUGUUAGUAUGAUCUUCAACGAGGUUCUUAGGUUAUAUCCACCAAUCAAAACACUAGAACGAAUGGUACAUGAAGAUACUAAAUUAGGAAACAUAAUUUUACCAGCCGGAUCUCACCUCCAUUUACAUUUGUUGCUUAUGCAUCAUGACGAGGAGAUAUGGGGUGAUGACGCGAAGGAAUUCAAGCCUGAGAGAUUUUUCGAAGGUGUGUCAAAUGCAACCAAGGGACAGUCAUCAUACCUUCCGUUCGGUGGGGGCCCACGUAUAUGUAUUGGACAAAAUUAUGCUUACCUUGAAGCAAAAGUGGCACUUGCUAUGAUUCUACAAGACUUCUGCUUUGAGAUCUCUCCAUCAUAUUCUCAUGCUCCACAUACUAUCAUCACUCUUCAACCUCAGUUUGGGGCUCAUUUGAUUUUACAUAAACUUUAAGCAACUUAUGUUUAUGAAACUGUGUUUCGAUUUUAAUUUCUUUGUGUUAUACGUAACAAUAAUAUAAAUAAGUUGUGCCAAAACAAUAUAGACAUUUUUAUGUUCCAAAA